CAAACAAAAUGGAGUAGUAAACAGACUCGGCGUAGACCUUCAGUCUGCAAAAUGCCUAGCCACAGACAUUCAGGUGCUAAAUUACUGAGGCGACCGCUGUCGCCCCCAACCCCACCAGCUGCAAAGCCUUCUGAAUCCAACACAGGCCUGUCCAGGAAGACUGAUAAUGGAAACCUACAGAGCAGAAGCCUACCAUCCUUGUCCAGUCUCAGCCAGGAUGCUGGGGAGGAGGAUGAUAUGGAGGAGCUUGUAUUCCAGGGGCGCAACCUCAGCCCCGUGCCCAGUGUCAUCCCUUCCUUGGCCUCUGAUUUCCAGGAGGCCCAGCUCGCCCCGCAGAACACCCCCAAGAUCCCCUUGAUGAAGCACUCGCCUCGGGCCCGCAGGUCCCACUCGGGCCCCGUCACCUCCCCCCGGGUGCCGCCCCUCAGUAAAACCGACCUGCCGUUCAUCCUGGACAUGCGGUACAAGCCCAGGGGAGCCUCUGCUGAGACUUUCCGCCCAGGAUCGCUGGUCCAGCCGUACAAGCCACGUGGGCCAGAUGGCUUCCCAUUCCGGAACCCAAAGCGGCUGCCAGAAGUCAAGAAGGAGCUUUUAUACCUGGACCACGAGCACAUGAGGUACCACCUGCCGCCAGACUUCACCCUAGAAGAUUUCCAGUUGGAGUUUGCAACCUACGGGAGACCAUUUCAGCGGGAAAAUUUGAAGAAAGCGAUACUAUCCAAGCAAAACUAUAAGAAACUGACAACACUUUUUGCCUCCUUUGUGGAUUCCCCUGUGCAAGAGAAAGUCAACACUGUGGAAUUGAAAGGUGAGGAUAUCCCAGAGGUUGUCCCCCGAGUCCCCCAGCACCAGCUCCUUAUAGAGAUGGCCAGCAUUAUCCGCCAGCAGAUGAGGACCAUGAUCAACGAGGAGAUGGUUGGGAGCCUGUCAGGCCCUGUGACGACUGACCAGCCCACAACGGUGUUGACCACCCCAGCCACGGCAGCCUUGGCCUACCAGCAGGCUGAGUCGGCUUCCAGUGCCCUGGCGGCAUUGUCAAGCAGGCAAGCAGAUUCAGUCAAUGAAGUCAUGUUCAACAUGCCCGUCUCAAAGUACUUCCAGGGCUCUCGAAGGAGCAACUCUCCUUUCAAUGAGCAAGACUCGUCCACCAUCACACCAUCGGAGCUGGCCAUCUUGGACUGCCUCGUCAACGGCGGUCUCGCACUCAGCUUGAAGGCUCAUUUCAUCUUAGCCUUGCCUGACAUUACUCCACUGACCAAGACUCUGACCUACUUGAAUCUAUCCUUCAAUGACUUCAGGGUGUUUCCCCCCGAGCUUUUGACCUUGCGAAGCCUGGAGGUCCUCAAGCUGCGCAAUAAUCCCCUCAAGGAGCUUCCCUAUGACAUCCACCGUCUGUCCAAGCUCCGGACGCUGGUGGUAUCCUUCAAUCUCAUCACCGCACUUCCACCGAGCUUGUUUACAUUGCCGCUUCAGUUUUUGGACCUGUCCUACAACAAGCUUACAUUUCUGCAAAGUGAAAUAAGACAUUUAAGGUCCACCCUGCGGGAACUAAACGUUGAGGGCAACCAGCUGCCCGCCCUGCCCUGCUCUGCCCUCAAGCUCAGGAAAUUACGCUACCUGAGGGUGACCAAUAAUUUCAUGCAUCCCCUCUUCUGGAAGGAGAACAGCCAGAAUGACCCACAGCGACUGCUGGAUCUAGCCUCACUAGCUGUGAAGCAGAGCGGGCUGGAUAGAUUCAAGCCCAGCGUACUACCAGAUUCCCUGCAUUCCGUGCUAAAUCGCUACUCCAGGUGCGAUUGUUGCCAGGGCCCCUUGUAUGGGCCAGGCUUACGGGUCAUCCGGCCCUGCAGCAAGGCCUUCGGGGUGCGCAAGCUGCCCUUCCUCUUCACCUCCUGCUCCCCUUACUGCCGAGACUCCUUCCUGACCAGCGUGGAGUCGCUCACGCAGAUGCUGUACAUGGAUGACUGAUUUGCCAAUGGCUUGAUGAACCAAGGGAGACUUCCUCCAGCAUUGCCUAGUGCUUCCCCUUGUUUUGUCUGUGACAUCACUUGAAAUGAGUGGAACAUAUGAAAUGGAGGAACCCCACAUGCCCUGUGAACAUUGACAUUAGUUAGGGUUCCAAGGGUCAUGGAAAAUCCUGGUAAAAAGGUUGUCCUCGAAAGUCAUUGAAAAGUUGUGGGAUUAUGGGAUGAUUGGAAAAAAAAGGUUGCUGUCAGAGGGAAAAAUGGUCAUGGAAAGGUCUACGAAAUCAAAUCAUGUGAGGGUUAUUUUUGAUGGGCUGCUUUUGAUGUGUUGACGGAAUAAAGAUAAAUUACAGGCUUUCCUCGUCAGUCUGUAGUAUGUCAGUCUUCCAGUUCAUAAUACCAAACAACAUUUCUCUGUCAAAUGUCAUUUAAAAUUUUUAUAGUUUAGUCCUGGAAAGGUCAUGCUUUGCAGGAAUCCUGAUUAGUGUUUUUACUGUCAAAUCCUCAGUGACUGAUUUUGGUUAGGGCUGAGAUUUUGGGCUUUUGCAGAAUUUCUUCAAGACCUCCUCCUAGAAGACAGUUGAAGCAUUCCAGGGCACCUAGUUAUUCAAUAUUUCCAUACAGUAGAUAGAACACGGGGCUUGUGAAAUAUCCUCUGUGUUUAUUUGUAGUUCAUGUGGUCUUCAUUUUCUUAUCCUGUAUUAACAUUCAGGAAACCUUUCCAAAAUAUUUCCAGUAAAAUUUCAGUAAAUAAGUAAUUCCUUUCUUUAAAUACUGCUAAUUUAAAACAGUUUUGUAUAUAUUCCACUUUAAACUUUCUAUCCGUUCUUAUGAAAAAUUGUAGAAAUAAUGUAGCUUUGUACAUUAAAAAUGAAAUUAUUACACAGAAUGUGUCUAAAAA